AAAUGCAAGAUGAACUUAAACUUCUUAAAACUGUAUAUCAGGACCUUGAAAGCAGUUACCCUAAUAGAAGUGAGUGGAUAAGCAUUGAUAAUAUUAUUUACUUAUUAAGACCAAUGCUUGACGCAACUGAAAUACUUUCAAAAAGUUCAUACCCAACUAUUGGUGACGUCCAUUUGAUUAUUAAGGGUAUCUUGCAACAUGUCAAAAACUUUGUAAUUGAUAAAUCAGAUUCAGAAGAUUCAGAAGAGGAGUGCGUAAUGGCGGAAUCUAUUAAAAACCAGUUAAACAAAUAUUGGGCUAUUUUCGACCGUAACGAAUCAACAAAGAUAGCCACAAUUCUUGAUCCUGCAUCUAAAUUAUUAACAUUCCCAAUUUCUACUGAGAGAGAUAGCGCUAUUGCUAGCCUGAAAAAAGUAAUAGCUCAGUAUGAACCACCAGAAUUAGAGACAGGUGCUACCUCCACAUCUAAUGAUAAAAGAGAAAAAUUUGUGUCAUUAGUAUUGCAACAAGCAACCGAACUACCAACAAUUGGGAAU